AUCAUGUCCUGCGCGACCGACAACAACUGCAGACCGAAGUCCAUGAGCAGAGCCAAAGACUGGACGGCCGAGGUGGAAAACCUCUUCAGGUUCCAGCAGGCCGGCUACAGAGACGAACUGGAGUACAUACAAGUCCAACCAGGAGCCGCGGUUGACAGAUGGCCAGACACCGGCUUCGUGAAGAAGCUCCAGCGGAGAGACAACACGUUUUAUUACUACAACAGGAAACGGGAAUGUGAGGACCGAGAUGUCCACAAAGUCAAAGUCUACGCAUAUUAAUGUGCUCUGGACUCCAAAUAUAUUCAUACAUUUAUCAGGAUGAUCUUUUAACG